AUGGUUUUCAAGCAGCCUCGGAUUUUUUCUACCAUAAAACAUGAAUUUGAUGUUAAGGAUGUUGAAGGUGUUGGAGGUGUUUCUUUGGAGCAAGAUCUGCUUAGUAAAUGGUAUGCAGCAUGUCAUUCAACCAACGGUCAAUUUACGUUGUCCAACAUUCAUAUUGGGCCUGUGACUUUCCAAGGCCCAUGCCCUGCUAACAGAAACAAGAUGGUUGUCAAUGUUGUGGGGAGCGUUGUAGCGAAACCGAAGAGCGCAUGGCCACCUAACAACAGCGAUACAUGGAUUAAGUUUGAACAUGUCGAAAACCUUGUUAUAACUGGAACCGGAAAUUUUAAUGGGCAAGGGUUAGAUUGGUGGAACUCAUGUGGGGGGAAGCUUCGCUCUUGUGAAACUAAUCCCACGGCAUUGGCGUUUAAUGAUUGUCGCGGGCUGUUGCUCGACAGAGUGACCUCAAUAAACAGUCCGAGAAAUCAUAUAUCUAUAAACGCUUGCAACGGCGCUACCAUCUCGAACAUCAAUAUAAUGGCACCAAAUAGUAGUCCUAACACCGAUGGCAUCGAUAUUUCGAAUAUUAAUGGUGUUAACAUUAACGGUGGACACAUUGGGACCGGCGACGAUUGCAUUGCAAUCAAUGGUAAUAGCUUCAACAUCAACAUUACUAAUUUAAAUUGUGGCCCUGGCCAUGGCAUAAGUGUUGGAAGCCUAGGAAGGAACGGUGCCAAGGAUGUUGUACGUAACAUCAGGGUCAUCGGCGCAACCUUUAGCGGUACUCAAAACGGAGUUAGGAUCAAGACCGUGCCGGGAGGAUCGGGUUCUGCAAGCCAAAUAACAUUUAGCAACAUAACAAUGGUGAAUGUGCAAAAUCCGAUCAUACUUUCUCAGUUCUAUUGCCCUCAUGUCGAUCCUAAAGAUUGCAAAAACAAGCGACAAAUGGUUCAUAUAAGUGGCGUUUCGUUUGAAGAUAUCCAUGGGACUUGUACCACACCGAAUGCUAUUGACAUCAACUGCAGCGAGAAUCUGAAUAGUUGCGUUGGCAUCACUCUCAAGAAAAUCAACAUACAAGCUGCCAACGGGUCUUUCAAUGCUGGAUCGAGAUGCGUAGAUACUAAUGUCCAGAUCAUCGGAAGCGUGUUUCCUCGUGUGACUUGUAUUCGAGCACCACACAUUAUUGAGAUGCCACUGGAUUAUGACUACAUCGAAAGCGAACCAGCAUUAGCAACAAACUAG